CUGUGCAGUGAGAGGACAGGGAGCGUCGUCGUCGCCCGGUCUCCCAGCGCCACGCCACGCCGCCGGCCUCCGUCGCACCUGCUUCGCGAUCGCCUCCCGAAGGAGUGGAUGUAACGACAGCUGUCCGUGGUGGUCUGUGAGCUUUUUUUUCUUUUAAUUAUGCGGGUGCGGACAAACCAGGAUGUGAGGUGUACUUAGAAAAAAAGGAAAAAGAUCUUUUUCUGUUUUACGACAGUGGAAAAGGAAAGAUUUAAAAAAAUAUAUAUUGAAAGUUAUAUCUUGAAGAGGGAAUAAUAAUAACCUCCUUGCAGUGUUCAUUCUUAACGGAAAGGGAAGGAGUGAGAGAAUAUUUUUUUUGGAAAAAGGUUAUCAAAAAGCUUCCUUCGAAAAGCAAGGUUUCCCCGGAUGUAUUUUGUUUUUGUUAUUGUAUUCCUAAUUUCGUGGAUCCUGAAAAAGUGAAAGAAAAGAAAAAAUCUUUAUUUACACACUGAUACAAUCCAUUCAAAAAAGUGCUGUGAAAGAGAGAGAGAAAAAAAAGGAGUAAUUUGGAUAAAUUAUAAUUACAAUACAGUAGCAGCCCUCCUGUCGGGGAGAUGCCCAAGCCGGUGGGUUUAAGUGUAUAAUAAACCCAAGUUGAUUGCAACAGUAAUGGAUAACCGAAGGCAUCUGCUUCUGCUCCUGGCGGCCUGCUUAUUCAUCUCUACCCAUGGACAAGGUAUUGUUUCGGGUCGGGUAACGCCAGUACCCCCAUCCCCCGGGACCCUACCCUUGGACCCCCCUCCGCGUCCUAUGAAAGCAGGCGCCCCGACGGUGACCAGGGCGGGGGGCAACGUCACCCUGGCCUGUCCUGCCGCCCGGGAUACGUACGUCCUGCUGCUGGAGUGGCGGUGUCGUGGCUGCGAGCUGCCCUCUGACCCCGUGGCGCCGCACGAGGUCAGCCUGGUGGAGUACAGGUCAGAGUCGGUGACCUUGUUCCACCACGACUCCCGGAUGUCCCUCAACCCGACCAACUACAGCCUGUCGUUCCGGCCUGUGCUCGCCUCCGACUCCGGAACCUACGUGUGUCGCGUCAACAACCGAGAUGACUCUGAGCUCCCCAUCAAGCUCAUCGUGCAAGGGGAGGAGAACGGGGGAAGGGGAAGUACGGACGUCCCCGACCCCCCCGGCCGCCCACUGAUCCUUGGCUUCACCGCCCGCUCCGUCAACCUCUCCUGGACGCCCUCACAGGACACCCACAACUCGCCCAUUUCGCACUACAUCAUCCACAUCAGAGAGGGCGAGGAUGGCCACUGGGACGUCGACAACGGCCACGCCACCACCAACAACUCCACCCAGUUUACGGUCGACGGCCUGUCCCCCUUCACCGUCUACUCCUUCAGGGUGGUGGCCGUCAACUCGCUGGGGAUGAGCUCGCCCUCCAAGGAGUCCUACUACAUGGUCACGCUGAGGGAGUUACCUGAAGGAAAACCGAUCUUCACGGCGGCCCACAACGCCUCCUCCACCAGCCUCCAACUGCACUGGAAGCCCCCCAGCAGGAGCACCAUCCACGGCGAGUUCCUGGGCUACAAGAUCACGCUGAAGCCAAGAGACGUUCCCGAUGCGCGCCAGGACCAGAUUGUUCGAGUUACUAUUAAGGACCCGACGGUCACGAAUCACGUUGUACAGGAUCUCCGCACAUACACACAGUACCUGGUGUCCCUCCAGGUCUUUAACCCUGAGGGGGACGGACCUUCCUCCACGGUGGCCGUCAUGACCGACGAAGGGAUUCCGGGUCCUCCUGAGAACCUGACGUUGCUCCGGGUGCACGACCGCUCCGUGGACCUGCAGUGGUCGCAGCCCUCGGAGCCCAACGGGGAGAUCCGGGGAUACCGCGUCUACUACAUGCAGGGCAACUACACCAGCGUGCGCACCGUCCACGCCAACGAGCCCAACAUACUCUACUCUCUCCAUGACCUUACCCCCAACACCAACUUCAAGGUGUGGACGAAGGCGUUCACGCAGCGCCACGAGGGCACGUCGUCGGUGCCGCUGACGGUGAAGACGGACGUGUCGGGUCCCGGCGCGCCCGUGAUCUCCAACCUGACGUGCCAGCCCGACGGCAACCUCUACCUGCAGUGGCUGAGGCCGGCGCAGCUCUUCGGCUCCGUCGACCUCUACUACAUCUACUACAGGCCUGAGGACUCCUUCGAAUUCGAGGAGAUCGCCGUCAACUCCGUCAACAACCGCCUCGAGCACAACUUCCUCCUGACCAACCUGACCUACAACACCAUGUAUGAGGUGAAGGUCCGAGGGGGCACAUACUCACGCCUCUUUGCCGAUAAUAACAAGACCUACAAGGGCCCGUUCUCGCAGCCUCGAAAGAUCCUCCUGUAUCCAGACUGCCACAAUGCCCCUCCGCCAGAUGUCAGUCGCACGGGCCUGGAGAUGAGCGCAGGCAUCAUUGCGGGUAUCAUCUGUGCCACCUUCGCCAUCUUCCUGUUGGUGGUUGCUAUGAUCAUCUGGAGGCGCUUCUUCCAAGGUGCUUAUUAUUACCUGGAUGAUCCCCCCAAGGCUCCCCCAGUGCUUAUGCAUGACUGGGAGAAUGACACAGGGGGUGAUGGGGCCUAUGGGCCAAUUGAUGUGCAUGACUUUGCCAAGCACAUUGCGGAGCUGCAUGCCGAUGGCGACAUUGCAUUCUCAAAGGAGUAUGAGGCCAUCCAGGCAGCCUCAGCCCAGGAACACCACCCAGCUGAGCACUCACAGCACCCGGACAACAAGCAAAAGAAUCGAUAUCUCAACAUUGUAGCAUACGACCACACAAGGGUUCCCCUGCGCCCCCUCCCCGGACAGAAGAAGGCCAUGGAAUACGUGAAUGCCAACUACAUUGACGGCUAUGACAAGCCCCGGGCCUACAUUGGCACCCAAGGCCCACUGCCCUCCACCUUCGACACCUUUUGGCGCAUGGUGUGGGAGCAGCGAGUCCACAUCAUCGUCAUGAUCACCAACCUUGUGGAAAGGGGGCGUAAAAAGUGCGACCAGUACUGGCCCAAGGAAGGAAAUGAAAUUUAUGGCCUGAUUCAAGUGCGUCUCGUUCAUGAAGAAGUUCUGGCAACUUACACCAUCAGAAAAUUAGCUAUUAGACACAUGAAGGUGAAAUGCAAGAAGUCUGGCAGUGGAGAGCGCAUAGUCUACCAAUACCACUACACCAACUGGCCAGAUCACGGCACGCCCGACCAUCCACUGCCUGUACUCUCCUUUGUCCGAAAGUCUGCUGCGGCAAAUCCAGAGGAUGCUGGACCCAUUAUAGUCCACUGCAGUGCUGGAGUGGGAAGGACUGGCACAUACAUUGUCUUGGAUGCCAUGUUGCAGCAGAUUCGUGCCAAGGGACGCCUCAAUAUUUGGGGAUUCCUGAAACACAUUCGCACACAACGCAACUUCCUUGUACAGACGGAGGAGCAGUAUAUAUUCAUUCACGAUGCUCUGCUGGAAGCCAUCCAGAGCGGAGACACCAACAUCCCUCGGGCUGGGCUCAGCAGAUAUAUCAGGAUGUUGCAGGCGCCUGGAGGAUCACAGGAGAAGCCCCAGCCUUGGUAUCUUCUCUCACACCAGUUCAAGCUGGUUACACAUUUCCAGCCAAGAGAUUUCAAUGUUGUCAGUGCAGUCAAGCCAGUCAACAGAGAGAAGAACCGCAGCACCGACCACCUGCCCAUGGAGAAUGGCCGUGUGCACCUGACCCCCAAGCCAGGUGUGGAAGGCUCAGACUACAUCAACGCAACCUGGCUGAUGGGCCACCAGAGACUACGAGAAUUCAUCCUGACGCAGCACCCUAUGCCAGCCUCCAUCCUCGAUUUCUGGCAGAUGGUUUGGGACCACAACGCGCAGACAAUAGUGGUUUUGACGGCUGUGGACGAGACUCAGAGCUAUCCGCAGUUCUGGCCAGCGCAGCAUGACGACUUUGACUCUGAGCAUUGGAAGGUGCGUUAUUUGGAAGAGAAAUUGAAUGCUGGGUUGGUGACUGUCGAUGUAGCAGUCCAGAGUUUGCAAGAUGACUACGAGUUACCGGUCAGAUUAAUUCACGCUCCUGGCUGGCCCCACACGCUGCCAGCUCUCACUACUACUCUCAGCCUUGUCUCCUUAGUGUCUGAGGCCCAUACUAACUACCAGAAUGGACCUUUAAUAGUUGUUGAUCGGUUUGGAGGGACGGAGGGAGCCACUUUCUGCUGUCUAACUGCCCUGAAGAACCAGGUUGACUUCGAGCAGCACUUGGACCCUUACAUGUUUGCUAAGCUUUACCACAACAGAAGGCCAAGUAUCUGGACAAGUCAGGAUGACCUCCUGUUCAUCUACCGGGCGAUGGAAUCCUACACAGCCAGUGAAGGAAGCCACAGUGGAAGCAGCAAUGACAUGGCUGGGCUCCAUGACCCGGUGAUCACCAUGCCUCCCAUCACAACAGUGACUGCGGCACCUGCAAUGCCCAGUGCCCCCUCCCCAGUCCCUCUGACCUCUCCACCCCAGACACCUUCAGCUGCAACUCUCCCUGCCAUCAGCACGCCCCCCAGUACGUGUGCGAACGGCCAAGUGCCCUCCAAUGGACAUGCAACGUUAACAGGCAAUGGUACAGUCAGAGUCCCUCCAGAAGGGAUGGAAGAUGCACCACAGGCAACAGAGAUCCCUCCAGUUUGAGUUAUUUGGACUGCCAGUUAGGUCUGUUCAAAGAUCUUGCGCUCUGUCUAAUAAACGUGAAAUGCCUUGAAGAAGUUCUGUUCUGUUCAAGAAGUGUGUUACCAAGUGUUGAACAAGUGCACAUUAUAUUCAUAUAACACUUUUUGUAAGCAUCGGCUUCACCUUAGAAAAGCUGAACCUAUUAGCAAGUAUAAGGAUUUAGUACUCCAAAAGCAUCAGAUGGCAAAAGCAGCUGAAAUGGUCAUUAGUGCUCUCACAUAAAAAGUGUGAAUUGAAGUAAUGCAUAUUACUGGUCUGAGAUUUAGACUCAACAUUGAAAACACAUCAAUGCAUUUAUUGUAUUCUAAUGAAAGACAUUGUUAGCCGUAAGUGAUGCAUUCGUCCUGGACUUCACUAAGCAGUAAAAUUUUGUUAGGUGCGCUGCCCUGUAAACCAGUGUUGACAGUAGCCAGUCUGUGCAUAAAGGAAAUGUCUCCUGCCGCUGCUGCUACAAGCCUGUGUUUUAAGCUUAAGGGCAACUUUGUGCUGCUUACCCAGACAACUGCUUAUGUACAGUGUAUAGCUAGUUUUCUAAAAAAGGGAAAAAUUGGCCCACAGAAGGGGUCACCUUUCAUGUACAGAAUGAUUUUCAUAAGUAAUUUAUCUGUGGUGUCUUUCAUUUAUUAUAUUAUUGGUACUUCUUCACAUGCUGCUUUAUAGCUUACCUUUUCUACGUGAUUACAAAGAGAAUAAAAAAAUAAGGGAAGUUUUCCCCACAUUUAAAAGACAUCUAGUCUAGUUAGUGUAAGUUAGAAAAUAGAUAUUUUGGUAUGGAGGUGCAUUUGCCUUGAUUCCAUAGUGCUCCUGAAAAAUUAUUUUUUCAUCUCUAUUUUCAUUUUAUUUAAUAUGAAUACAUUAUUCAUUGACCUCAUAAUGUAGCCAUUUUAUUACAGUCAUUUGUAAUGUUUGACAAAGACUCAGAAUAAGGCAAGAUCAUACACUCGAGUCCUUUGGGAGCAUUGCACAAAUGAUGCUGUUUUGUGAGUAUGACUUUUUUUUCUCUUUUAUUUUUGACACCAAGCCCUAUCCAUAAGUUCUAAGAUACCUCCCUCUUAAGGCACAAAAUAAAUUAAGAUGAUAUUUUUCUUAUAAACUACCGUAAUAAAACCUAGCCUCAAACUACGCAGCAGUAGGUGCCAGAACCUAAGAGGGACCAUAAUCAUCUCUUUGUUGAAAAGCUCUCUGUCAGCAUUUAAAUAUUGGAUGCUCUACAGGAACUUGCUACACCUUGACAGUAUCAGUUAAAGGAAGACACAAGUGAUUUUUUUUUAUUAUUAUUUUCAAAAAAUGAAUUGGAAAGAUUUGGGGAAAGGCACCAAAUAGCAAUUGCAGUUGUUGAAUAUUCGUUAAAUAUUUACUUCCCCUUGCCUUUAUUAUAUCCUAUGAGGUAGGAUGUAUGUACCUUAUGAAUAGGAUUGGAUCAGUGCAGUUCGAAUCUGCUUUCAUACCUAGAAGAUAUUAUAUAGAUAUUGGUUAUGUGCUAUUUAAAACACAGCUGUAGACUGCCAUUUGUUUGAAAGAUCCGUUUACCAGUUUUAUAAGAAUAAUUUAUGUGUAAACACCAAGCUUCCAUGCAAGUACAUACUCAUGUACACACUCACACUUACAUUCAUACUCACACUCAGUCACUAUCAACCACCUCACAUAACACAGGAUAAAUCCAAAUGAACAUAGACCAUAAAAGCACAAACUGUUGUUUACAUAUACAUGUAGUAUUAUCAUUGUUUCUUAGGAGUUUUGCAGAGAGACUUAUUAGUUAUUCUGACAUUGAAAUUUGCAUUGUUUACAGUUCGAGUACAAAGAUACUUUUAUUCUAUUUUAUUUUGCUUUUUGUUUUACUUCCGUAUUUAUAGACUAUGAACUAUAUAUCAGUUGACUGUUUAGGAUGCCAUAUCCAAAGUUUUUUGUGUUUUUUUAUGAUUUCUUAUUUUUUGUCUGUGAAAAUUAUAUUUUAUCUUACACUUUUUAAGGGACUUGUUAGAUGAAUAACUACAAGAAACCAGUGACAAACAGGAAAUUAAGUGAAAUAGAAGAUAAAAAUAUUAGUUAUAAUGAACCAAAUAUUUAAUUUACUUAUUAUAAGCAAUGUAAUAUCUGUAAGCAGAAAGGUUGCCCCUACAAGUCUCAUUAGCAUGAAUUGAAUAAGCACAGAAGUAAGAUAUGCAUAAAAGCAAUUGAAUUUUUCAGGUAAACACAUGCCAGUGUUUAAUAUCUUAUUUUAGAAGAUGGCUUUCAAAUAUUCAUGUGAAUUUAAUUUAGAAUGUAAUUUAAAGGUAAAGGUUAAAACAAAAAUAAGGGCUGAAGCAAAUUAUCAAUGCAAUGUUGAUGAAAUGUAACGCAGUUUCGUGGGUAACACUCGAAAGAUGGUGUACAUAAAUGCUUCAAGGAGAAUAAGCAUCAUCCAUAGGCGAAGUCACCUAUUGACCCAUCGUUACCCCAUGCCCUUGGUCAUGGCCUGUCAGUAUUGUGGACAUUCCCACGUGUUCUUGGGUGCAGUGACAAUAUACAAAGCAUAAGCAGCUAGUUGUGAGUAGACUGUGCUUUGUUUUAGCUCUGGUAAGCUCUGGUAAUAAUAAUUUUCUCAUUGUAAGGGUUUUUCAGUGAAUCCUUGGAGCAUUUAAUAUUCAAGUGUGCUUGAAAUUUGUAUGCUAAUGACCAUCAUAGAUCUUCACACAUCACCAAAUAGUUUUGUAUGUAAUACUGCAGUUUGUGUGAUACAGCCCUAGUGAUCUCUGCAAAAGGCCGUUGUUAGGUUGUGAAUGAAAGUUGCAGAUGUCAUCGGCAUAUCACACAAGCCAUUUUUUUAAUCACCCUUCCAAAGAAUUAAUGGCAUGUAAAAAGCAUUUUUUUAUGUAAAUAUUUGUACAGAUAGAAUUUGUUAGAACUGUGUACCUCAUGGCUUAAGUCUGUCUAGGCUGAGUGCAGCAACUGGGUAUGUGUGUGUUGAGUUAACUUACUCAUGGAGAGUUUUCAUUAUAAAACUAUAAUGUUUAUGAUUAUUACAGUACAUAUAAAAGUGUAUUUCAUAAAUGGAUUUUCAGAUGGGUUUCAGUGUUAUCACUUGGUAGCAGUGUGUGAUGAUGUUUUCCGGCAAUGCGCUUGAUCAUGCAACACGUGCUGUGAUCAAGAGAGAACUGUACAUUUGACAAAAAAUUUAGUUAACAGAUACAUGUUAAACUGCACCAGAGCCUGGUCAUGGAAGAUUACUUUGUGAUUUAGAUCAUAGCUUACUGUUCCUACUGUGUGUGUCCCUGAGUAAGGUGCUGACAGCCUCUAUGUAGACUGACGCUCUUUACUCUGCCAGUCAUUAUAUUGGAUAUAAAGGAGUUAAUAAAAAGACCAAUAAAGUGAGUGUAAUA